UCUUUCGAUAUUUUGCUCCCCUUAUCACGUAAUAUUCUGUUGAUCCUAUGGCAUAUCAAGUCGAUAAAUUAAGUUUCAUGCAAGAUAAAGAUAAUUAAAUCUGAGGGAUUUGCUCAUUGCUAAAUGGGGAGAAAAAUCAAAGAGCAGCUCUUGAUUUGAUUAGCAUUGAGGCUGUUGCUAUUGAAAUAACACACGGAGCAACAUUCCUUUUUUCCGGACAAUAGUAACUUUACACCGACAAUAGUGGCUCUCUUGCUCCCUUGUCAGAAGGGCCGUUGCUUUCCCUUGCAUGUGCUUGGUGGCUACUUUUCUUUGUGGUUUUGUUUCUGUAUGUCGUCGAAUUCUCUUUUUUCAAAAAGCAGGUACUUGAUCUACCCUUUUGUGUUGCCGGAAAGAGGUGAUGGAAAGGCGAGAUCCAUGCACAUGAUGUGUUUUCGACAAUUAAUUCGCGCUCUUAUCCUUUUUUUGAUCCUAUUAAUGGAAGUCCUGAUGCUUGCUUCUAUUUUUCCUUGCCAUGGUAAUGACCUCCAUGACUGAAGGUACUUGAUCUACGCUUUUGUGUUAGCCGAAAAUAAGUAAUGGAAUGGCGAGAUUCAUGCACAUGUUGUGUCUUCAACAUUUAAUUCGUGCUCUUAUCGGCUUUUUGAUCGUGUAAAUGGAGAUUCCUAGGGUUUUCUCUGGUUUCAGAUCUGGGUUCUUUUUUGGAGGCAAUUUCGCUGUUAAAAUCUUGCAAAGAUGUUUUGGCGUAUGACUGGAUAUUCAUCUACUUCUCCUAUUGAUGCAAUUUUAGACAAGGACAAUUUUACAUUGGAGGAGCUUCUUGACGAGGAUGAAAUUAUUCAGGAAUGCAAAUCCCUCAAUGGGAAGCUUAUAAACUUCUUGCGGGAGAAGGCUCAGGUUGAACAACUUAUUCAAUAUAUUGUGGUAGAACCUCCAGAGAAUGCUGAUAAGAAGCAAAUUUACAAGUUUCCUUCUAUUGCAUGUGAGAUUUUUACGUGUGAGGUUGAUAUCAUACUAAAAACACUAGUAGAAGAUGAGGGAUUAAUGAAUUUGUUAUUUUCCUUCUUGAAUUCGAAUCACUCUCAUGGCACACAACUGGCAGGGUACUUCAGCAGGAUUGUCAUAUGUCUGCUGUUGCGGAAGACAUCAGCGUUCAUGCAGUAUAUUAAGGGACAUCAGGAAAUUGUUGAGAUGCUAAUUGACCUGAUUGGCAUAACUUCCAUAAUGGAGGUUUUAAUACGUCUAAUUGGUGCUGACGAGCAUAUGUAUGCUAGCUACAUGGAGUCAAUGCAAUGGAUAGAGGAAACAAAUGUGUUGGAGAUGAUUGUGGACAAGUUUAGCUCUUCUGAUUCUGCUGAGGUGCAUGCCAAUGCUGCUGAAACCUUAUGUGCAAUAACACGAUUUGCUCCUCCUGGUCUUGCUGCCAAAAUUACAAGCCCAAAUUUCAUUGGAAGAUUAUUUCGUCAUGCUUUGGAAGACUCAAGACCCAAAUCUGUUCUGGUCAAUUCCUUGACUGUUUGCAUAUCUUUGUUAGAUCCCAAGAGGCUAACAUUGGGUGUGUAUCACACAUACAACCGCCAAAUCUCUCAAGGAUCAACGAUAUCUGCUAACCCUAAGACAGUUGAAGGCAUGCUGGAGAAUUUAGGUAAUUUACUGAAGCUUUUGGAUGUUUCGUCUUCAGAGUCAACCUUAUUAACAACGUAUGGAAAAUUACAGCCACCACUUGGGAAACAUCGUUUGAAGAUUGUAGAGUUUAUUUCAGUCUUGCUGAUGGUUGGUAGUGAAACUGCUGAAAAGGAAUUGAUUCGAUUGAGUGCCAUGCAGAGGAUUCUGAACUUGUUCUUUGAGUAUCCGUACAACAAUUUCUUGCAUCAUCAUGUGGAGAACAUAAUAUUGUCUUGUUUAGAGAGCAAAAAUGUUCCUCUUAUUGCAAAUCUCCUUUGGGACUGUAAUCUUUUGGGAAAAAUACUUGAAGCAGAAAAGAAUUGCAUGUUAGGUUCUGAUCCAAAUAUGCCAACAGUUAGUGCUGAUGGUAGACCAUCACCGAAGAUAGGGAAUAUUGGACACUUAACACGUAUAUCUAACAAACUUGUUCAGCUUGGAAAUAGCAACAGGGACAUUCAGGCAUAUCUGCAGGAAAACAGUGAAUGGAUUGAUUGGCAGAAGAAUGUUCUAUCAAAGCGUAAUUCUAUAGAAAAUGUUUACCAGUGGGCUUGUGGGAGGCCAACCACAUUACAAGACAGGACUAGAGAUAGUGAUGAUGAUUACCAAGAUAGGGAUUAUGAUGUUACAGCCUUGGCAAGUAACUUAAGCCAGGCAUUUCGAUAUGGCAUUUAUAGUAAUGAUGAUACAGAUGAGGUACAUGGCUCACUUGAACGAGAUGAUGAGGAUGUUUACUUUGAUGACGAAUCUGCGGAGGUUGUAAUAUCUUCUUUACGCCUAGGUGAUGAUCAAGAAAGUGGCUCUCUUUUUACGAAUUCCAACUGGUUUGCUUUUGAAGAUGACAGAGGUUCCAAUGACAAUCCAACUGGUGCUCUGCCUUCUGCAUCACCUAAUACUGAGGGAGCUGGUGUCAUCAACGGCGAUGGUGAAGAUGAUAAGGAGGUUGUCGGCAAAGGCGAUGACUUAGACGAUACAGCAACAUCUUCUCAGGUACCUGAUGUAAAAUCAGAAGUUAACUCUGCCAAUCUGUCUGAAGACUCUAAAGAAGCCGCACCCAAUGCAAAUGAUGAACCACCUACGUGGGUCGAAUGGAGAGAAACCUCUGAUGGCAUCAAAGCAUCUGGUUUUGCUGAAUCUGCCAUUGUCCGAAACGGUGAAGUACAAGUGAAAUUAGAAGAAAAAGGAAGUGAUACUGAUCAUAACCCAGAACGUACUGCCGAACCCUCUCCAUCAUCAUCCUCAGACAAUGCAAGUGAAGCCACCUUGGAGCCAUCUGCGAAAUCAACAAAUACAAACCUUGGUUAUCCCCCUGAGCCAUCAGUUUCUGGCGAUGGCAAUGCAAAUCCACUUGUUACCAAUGAUGAUGAAACAGCUUCAGGAAUAGGGUCUGCCUCUGAAAUUACCAAAGAUGUCAAAGAUACGGCCACCGAAAAGUAGACGGUGAACUAAUGUAAAGUCCAAAGAAAUUGGUUUACUGGAGCUAACUCAUUCCGUAGCAACAUUGAUCUGAUGAGAGAUGAUGGACACUGCUUGGUUUGACAUUUUAAUCAGACAAUUGUUUUUUCACACAGCCAACUAUAGGAUCCUUACUCGGGCAUUGUUGUUGAUCGGAGGUAACGGAUUUUUUAACCCCACACCCAUGCAAAGUUUCUAUAUUUUGGCCGAUUCGAAAACAGCAGGUAAAUAUAACAUUGAAUCUGUUGUCUAGGUUCUGCUAGUGAAUUCAAUCAGAAAAAUGUUUAGUGCAAGAUUUAAACAAAAAAACAUGUUAAUAUGACAUAAGUGUUGAUUAUAGAUAUGAAUUCUUAUGAAUUGCCUUAUUAAUUUUCUUUCA